CCACCAUGUCUUACGAUAUACCUGACAAACAGCAAGCAUGGCGUGUUGUCAGCCGUGGGCACCCAUCGCGUGCGCUCAAACUCGAGGAGAUUGACGUACCGAAGAAGCUUGGGAAAGGCGAGAUUCUCGUCAAGGUGCAAGCGGCGGCACUGAACCCUGUGGGCUGGAAAUUGAUGAGCUACCUGCCCAACUUCAUUGCACGUCGGCCACUUGUUCCUGAACAUGACCUUGCUGGUAUCGUGGUUGAUCCGCACGACUCUGACUUCCAUGUCGGAGAUGAGGUAUUUGGCUGGAUCCCUACCAAUAUCAACAUCUCCACUGGCCAAGGGGCACUGUCGCAGUACACCCGUCUGCCCGCUAUCAACGUCUUGCGACGCCCGGAUAAUGUUACACCCGUAGAGGCUGCGGGCAUCCCGCUCGCUGCAAUGACUGCCUUGCAAGGCCUCACCGAUGCGGCCAAAUUGCGAGAGGGUCAAACGGUCUUUAUCAAUGGGGGUAGCUCCUCCGUCGGACUAUUUGCCGUCUACAUUGCGAAAGCGAUGGGUGCAAAAGUGGUUGCAAGCGCAUCCGGCAGGAACGAAGACUUUGUACGCAGCCUCGGGGUGGAUGAGUUCGUCGACUACACCCAGGUGCCCUUGUAUCAACAUCUCACUUCAAAUCCACCUGCACCUAAAUUCGAUGUGAUAUUCGAUGCCGUAGGACUGGUGGAUCCUUCUCUUUACAAACACAGCGAAUCAUACCUCGCCCCUGGUGGAGUUUAUGUUAGCACAGGUCCGACUCCGGACUUCACCUCAUGGGGAGGCUCAAGUGGUAUGAGGAACAUGCUAUCGACCGUGCUUGCGAUCGCUAGGCCCAGAUGGCUUGGAGGUGUAAAGAGGUCUUGGAAACUCGUUACAGUGACGCAUAAGGAGAAGGAUUUGGCAAGGUUACGGGACUUACUCGCAGAGGGCAAACUCAAGCCUAUCGUUGACUCAGUUCACGAGUUUCCGAACGCGUUGCAGGCCUACGAGCGUAUCAUGACAUCGCGGGCGACAGGUAAGGUUGUUGUCAAGAUAGCCGAUAGUUAGGUAUGGCUGGCGGGGCCAAGUAUGAGUUUCACUUACCGGAAGCAUUAUUCACGACACAGAGCUAUUUUAUUCAAGAACAGAUCAAAUCCUAUGUAAUUACAAGUCAAACGGCUAACUUUUCUGAUAUCAAGUACAUUGUUGAACGGGUUUAACAAUAGCAGAAUCUCUCGUUAAAGGCCCAGUUAAUAUCCUUUGAUGCCUCGGGCCCAUACCACUUCACCGAAGGAAAUGUAGUCUGUCGCUCGGCGGUCUUGCCCCCUAGCGUUUCCGCGACACUGAUCAACGACCUCUCCAAUCCCCACAUCUCCAUCUCCUGUAGGCCCCCACGUCGUGCCAGUGUCAUUAUCCUUCUGACGAGGGCUGUGAAAGUUUCACGAGUUGCCCGCACGCGCGUUAGAAUUAGUCUAGGCGGGCUCUUCAUCGGAUCCACUGCCCACGUCGCAAACGUAGAGGGUGAGGAUGAAUCAAGCAGCUCAGUUCCCCAGAUAUCAAACGUAUACAAGUGCUGCGUGUGGCAGAUGGAACGGGGGAGUUGAUACGCUGCAACGCCAACGUCCGGAAGCAAGCUGAUAGUGGCUCCUUCGGCUCCUUCGUCCUCGUCAAGUUUUCGGACAGUGAGAUCCUUCCUUAGCAUCCUGGCGUCCCUGGUCCACAGCGCUCUGAGGCCUUCGUCGUCGCCAUAAUCCUUCCAAUGAUGAUCUUGGACCUGGAGAUCAUCCGUAUUCAGUGCACCGUCUGAGAACUUCCAGAUUGUAGAGAUCGCCCUCUUGACCGCCCACCCCUCACUGUUUUCCUCCGUUGGACCACAGAGUGUGUAGAACUUGGGCCCAACAUCGCUAUAUAGCAAGGAGAACCUGGCGUCACCAGUACCAGGCACUCUGGCUGGCGGCUCACCCCACGCUUUGGGAAAGUCGUCCGGGUUCAGCGAGUCCGCGGCGAGAACCCAGUGAAGUAGCUUCAUCAUGUGGGACGCAUAGCCCUUCUUGCGGUGACGUGACGGAGUACACACUGCGAGGACGGAGAAGCAGGGCACUUCUUCGGGCUCACAAGUAGCCGCUUCAGCAUCAUGCCGUUUGACAAGGCCUCGCCUCUUGAAAGUUAAGCAAGAACAGACGAAGUCCGUUGUUGUUGGAUCCGAUCUUGGGGCCAAUACCCAUAUGUUAACCUGGCCAGCGCCAGGAUCCAUGUACUGCUUGUAGAGUUUGUUGAGUUCUCUGUACUGCUCGUACGUGAGAUGACCACCCCAUUCGCCAAAGAUGCGCUUGUCCAACUCGG